AUGGUAGAUGCACGGGUGAGUUCCGUUGCAUGGGUGGCCGACUUGGUGGACGCGGUUCUCAACAACACCAGUCGCCCUGCAAUCCUGAUCGUCUGCUCGACCCGGGCAAAGUUUCUCGAGCAGCUGUCUGCUGGUCUGUCAGCUAGGGCACGAGAUGCCCAGACAGAAGCUUCCAGCGGCGGCGAAGUACAAGUCAAUAAUCAACAUCUUCUUACAAAGACUAUCGGGGUCCUUGCAAACUCGAGACGAGUGCAUCUAGUAUUCUGUCCCUCACUAGGGCAUUUCCGCGCAUAUCUGUCGUCCCUGAGACUCUCUCGGGCUACAGAUCAAAAUGUCGCAGCAUGCGGGACGACGAACAUUGUGGUUCUCGACCUCAUUGCUCUCCAUUACAUGAGCUCUGAAUUCUCAGCACAGGGCCUCUCGCGGACGCUCGCUCUUACGAUCGAAGCAACAGCGAGAAACGCGUCGAGCAUACUGUUGUGCGAGUGUAACGACGCGGUGGUUUUACAGAACCCCAAUCGCGGUCACAGGAUAUGGGAUUUGCAUCUUCCUAUAUUGAGCGGUUCAAGUCGGCCAGAAGACGGAGGCAGACAGCUCUCUGCCCGACAUGUAGCGCAACGAUGGUUUCGUUUUGAAGCCGAUAUCGCUACGAUGAGUGUUUAA